AUGCAUAACAGCUACUUUGGCUCUUCAGAGAGAGAGAAGAUGGAGGAAAGUGAAGAAGAUAUUGAUCCCAGGAUCAGGUCUUUCAUGACUAUUGUGAGCAAGGAAAUUUCAGAUAAAUAGCGUUCAUAAAAAGGCACAACUCAGAGAGACUCAAAGACGACAAGAAGUUCAAAAUGAAUUAAGCCGAAUCAGAGAUUUAGAAGAAAGAAUUGAGAAACAAAAUGAUUUAGCUAAAGAAUCUAUUGAACAAAUGGAAGAACUUGGACCCUAUAGCACCAUUCAUAGAGUUCCUACUGACAAGAAUCGGACUCAAACUGUCUUUAGCGAGACUACUUUCGAACGAGAGCCAAAGGAGGAGGAGAAGCUUGACCAAAGUGAUGUAGACACUCUGAUCACACGAGUUCACCAAUAUUAUGAAAGAAUACAGAAAGACGACCAGGAUGUCUUCUUUGAUUCCAAUAAUUACAUAAAUGCUGAGAAAUACGACAGCGUUGGUAGAGACUUUAGCAUUGUGCAUAGGAAAAUAUCACAUCCUCCAAAAGUCACGGUUCAAAGAAGGAUCAAGCCAAAUGAUCCCAGGCCGAUGAAUUUGGAGACAAGAUUUGCAUCCAAGAAGUUCUCACCAGGAAAGUAUAGAUGCUUGAGCUGUGAGAAAUUAAAGAAGUUGACUCUUGGUGAUUCCAUUCCAAAACUACGCCCAUUUGCUGAUAACCCAACUGUUUUAAAGGAUGUCUCAAAAUCAGUUAAGAAAUCUAUUCUCGAGACACAGUUUUUAAUGAGUAAAGGAAGACUCAAGAGGGCAAAGGAAGUCAUAGAAGAUGUCCUUCAUGAGGGCUAUGAGAACUCGGACGCCUACUUCCUGAGCGGAGAAAUUGAUAGACAGAUAGGUAUUAUUGCUCAAGCAGAGCAGAAGCUAUUGAAAGCUCUCACGUUUCAAGUCUUCACUCCAAAGGUCUACUUCAGCCUAGGACUUCUGUAUAAUUACAAAAGAGAAUUUGAUAAAGCAGUAAGAUGCUUCAAGAAAUUUCUUUUCAACGUCGAAACUCCAGAGGCUCAUUUUGAACUAGGUUUCGCUCUUAUGGAGCUUAAUAGCCCAAGUGAGGCUUGAAUUCAUUUCAGUCGAGCUAUUGUUCUCGACCCUGAAGAGCCAGAUUAUUACUUAAAGAGAGCGAAAUGAUAUGAAGCCCAAGGAUUAGAGGAACUAGCUCAGGAAGACUAUGCCAUAGUCCUAAAUAUAGACCCAACUUACCAUCUUGAACAUGUAUCAGUCUUACAUAACUCUGAGAUGAAUAUGGAUCUAAAUACCUCUUUGAAGGAACGAGAGUUGCUUAAUAAAAUUUUACCAUAGCCAAUUUUCAUUA